CGUUCCGUCGUGUUGUUUUUCUUGCGUCAAGUGCGUCAUGAGAGUGCGUACGCGUGUAUCGUCGUCCUCGUAAAGAAAUUAAUCGGUCUUUACCGCUUUCUUGUGUUAUCGUUGAAUAAGAUGCGCUUUGAAAAUGUUGCAAGAGGAAGCUCUAUACAAGAGCACAACCCCUCGGAAAGGCGAUGAAAUUCAAAAACUCAAUUUUAUACAAACAUUACCAAGCCUCUUAGCUACAGAUUCAGAAUCAUGUAUGACACGUGUGAUGCCAAAACUGCAGCAAUCAUUGGCUACUGCAUCCACGGAAUUCCACAUUGCAGCUUCAUCUACAUUCAAAACGAUCUUAGAGCAAAAACUUGUCAAUCAUAAUGUCUUCAGUCGAACAUUCCUUCAAAGUAUCUUAGAUUUGCUUGAAAAGCGUGAUUCAGUUAUCUGUCAUGCAUGGCUGGAGACCUUACUGGAUGUGAUAGAGUUACUGCCGGUAGAUGUCAUAAGAAAGCAGAUUCUUCCAUUGACUGUAAGCAAAGGACAAUUGUCACAACCUAUCCACUCCAGGAUAAUAUGCAGCAAGAUAUUAGGAAAAAUUUGUACAAGAUUUGAUUCUGCUCUGAUACAGAAGGAAGUUCUUCCAAUGGUACACUCCCUCUGUCAGGAUGUAAAUAGUGAAGUACGAGCUAGUAUCUGCUUGCAGCUACGUUUUGUUGCUGAAGACCUUGGUGCUGAGUCUGUAAAAUCUGCUUUGCUACCAUCUUUCGUAGAAUUAGCAAGUGAUGAAGAAAGCAAUGUAAGAUGCGCCUCUGUACAAACAAUAGCGUAUUUGCUACCUCAUCUUCAAGAAGACACCAUAAAAACUACCAUAGUGCCACUUGUUAAAAAAUUAUGUGAAAAUACACAGUCUGUACAACCGGAUGAUGACGUGAUUUGUGUCAUUGCCCAAGAAUUCGGAAAAAUUGUGCUUGGCCUAGAAAAAUGUUUAUUACCCGCGGAGAAAACAUGGUUUUUAAAAUAUUUUCAACAACUUGCACAGAUGGGUAUCGUUUCAAUGAAAAAGGAGUCUAAACCACAUCUUCCAUUUAUGAAUAUUAAUCUUGAUGAAGAUGAAAAAUACGUAGAAUGUAGAAGAUGCUGCGCGUUUAAUCUGCCGGCAAUGUUCAUCUUUGUAUUAAAUUCCGCCGAUGAUACAGAUGCAUUACUUCUUACAUUCACUGCAUUAGCGAGCGAUCAUUAUUAUUUGGUACGCAGAACUGUCGCGUGUGGAAUCCAUGAGGUUGCCAAACUAUUGGGUCCAAAAAGUGGUCGAAUAAAAACGGACUUAAUCAAAUUGUUAAAAGAUAACUCUGAAGAAGUUUUACAAGGUUUAGUUCCUCAUAUAGGAUUAACACUUGAUUGUUUGGCUGAAAGUCAAAUUAUCGGAGUAGAUAAGAUGGAUUCCACUGUCAUGGAAAUAGGCAGAGCAUUAUUGAAAUGUGAGUCAGAAAUAGCAGCUACACACAAUUGGAGAUUAGUAUCAUUAAUGCAUUCACAGCUUGAGAUAUUACCUAAAUACUUUCCAAGUGAUUUUAUAUAUUCAUACUUUGUGCCAAUGGCCUUUUUCAGAAUAUUACAUGCUAGGCCAAUACCAGUUCGACUCUCUGCAGGAACUCUAUAUCUUUUUCUUUUACGUUACAAUAUGAAACCUAUGCAGAGGGUAGAACUUCGCACCAAGUUGUAUUCAGGAUUAGCUAAUAAUUCAAGUUGUUACGUGAGGAUGAUGUUUGUUCGUUUGAUGAUAGAGGCCUUGGAAAUCUUCUCCUCUGUAUACUUCAAGGAACAUUUUUUCACUGUUUUAAUGAACUUGGCAGAAGAUCCUGUAGCUAAUAUAAGAUUAAAAGUAGUUUCUCUAUUACCACAAUUAAAAAGUUUGCUACAGAUACCGGCCGAUAAAAAAUUGUUAACUGUAUUAGAAUCGACUCUAGCGCAUCUAAUAAAUAGUGAAAAAGAUAGAGACGUACUAGCCAUGUUAUCUAGUGUUGUAAAAACAUUGGAUGAUAUAACACUUAAAUACGAAGGUCGAACUCCAUUUAUGCUACUUUCAUCACACGGGUUGAAGGAUGCUAGGAAGUUAGAGGAAGAAAAAAGAUUAUCAGGAAUGGGAGCUGAGAAAUCUCCAGGUGGAGGAGCUACCAUGAAGAAAGGUGCGACGACGUGGCGACGUACAACUGCCGAUACUUCGAAAACAAUGCAACAAACAUCAUCAAGAGAUGUCGUAUCACCGCAUUUAUCAAACGAAGGAUCAAAAACAAGAACUCAACUAACACAUCCUUGGGAAAGAAUAGGGCAUACCAACUCGAACAUUAAUACAACCCAUACUAACUUUGACAAUGGAUCGUGCAGUGAUUAUCUAACGCAAAAGACUCAGCAAAAUCCGUCAAAAUUAGCAUUGCCGUUUAUAUUAUGGCCGGAAACGUGUGAAUGCGACUAUGCGGAAAAAUACGCUUUUCAUUCUUGCUCCCCAUCCGAUUAUGCAAAGUCUGUCUUCUUGGCUAUCAUGAGAGAACAUCGGCGCAGAUUACAGCAAGAUUUCCUACUAAUCCGAGAUUAUGCCCACGGGUGUCCCACUAACAUUACCAGCAAGGAUACUACCAAUGUAAGAACGCUUGAUGCUCACUAUAACUCUUGUUGGCCUUGUAGUUCUAUGCCUGAAAUACCUGUAAUGCUGUCGGACGACGAAUUCCUCGUGGAUGCUGGUAUCAGGAUACCGGUACAGUUCUCUCAGAGCACCUCCAAGAUACCACAUUUACAAGAUCCCAUGUUUGGAAAAAGAAGAACAUCGUUCAAUGUCAAUCAUAUUCGGCCUACCAGUAUGAAUUUCGACAAGGGCAAGCCUAAAAGAAAUUCCUCCGUCGAGUAUGAAGACUGUAUAAAACGAAGAACGAAUGCCGAUCAACCAAACGAUGUGAGGACUUCCAUCGACUGCGAAGAUGGAUUGAGAUUGGUGAAGGAAAAUCAACAGCUCGGUAAGAAGGAUCCGGUGUAUGUUGGCCCUCUGAUGAGGUCGAGAUUUGGAUUUGGAGUGAAUCAAGAAAGAACAAUGGACGAUAAAAUGAAACGACGAAAUUCGUUAGUAUUGGAUAAAGAUAAACCAAAAGUUGUACAGUCAAAGUGUACAUUGGAUAGGACUAAACGAAAUUCUGCAAAUUUUGACAAAGGAAAGCCUAAGAGAAAUUUUUCUGCCGAAUACGAGGACGGUAUAAAGCGGAGAACCAACGGUGCUAAUCAAGCGAAAAGUAUAAGAUUACGAUCAAUUGAUUACGAGGAGGGUUUGAGUUUAGUGAAGGAGAAUCAACAACUCGACAAAAAGGAUUCAUUGUACGCUGGACCACUAAUGAGAUCAAGGUUUGGAUUCAGCGUAAAUCAAGAAAGACCGAUGGACGAUAAAAUGAAACGGCGGAACGCACUGAUACUAGUUAAGGACAGACCUAAAGCUGUGCAGUCGAAGUGCAUGUUCGACAGAACUAAACGACACUCUGCAAAUUUUAGUUUAAAGAUAUUGGACACGAAAGAAACUAAGCCUAAUUUGAAAGAACAACAUAGCUUAGACGUGCCUGACUAUACACCGUCAGAACGACUAAGCCGGGCUCUAAGACGAUAUUCAACGUUAGACGUAAAUCAUAAUCAGGGACAUAGCAAAAUACCCUUAAGAAGUUUUGUACGUCGUAGUAGAACUGCACCCGCUACAAGGGCUUCCAGUCCUGUGGGUUCACAGUUAAGAUACGAAGAAAUCGAUAAGUUGUGCCGAAAGUUCGAGGAGUAUCAACUCUAUUAGUGUAACUAGACCGAACGCAUUUAACGUAUCAAGAUAAAAGAAGGAAAAAAGGAGAUAACCGUAUGUGCUGGUUCGCAUCUAAUUGCAAACAUAUUGUGUCAGAAAGUUAGAAAGAUUUCGUGGGAUACUUUUUAUUCUUAUUAUUUUUUAAACUAAAAUGUCCAGAUUUAGCAUUUUCUUUAAUAGAAGGGCGCGGUAUUUAAAAACUGUUUGUCUCUGAAGUAAUUUCAAUUAGUUUACAGUUUCGUGCCAUUUUUACUCGGUCUUCUAUAUUUUUUACUCUUUAUUAACUAUGUAUUUUUCUAUUCUCAUUUAAUUGACAGAAACUAAAGAGAUCGAAUGAUGAAACUUUGAAACAUUCUACGCGUUAUCAGUAAUAUAUGUUUUUACUUUAUCGUAUCGUACGCCCACAUUACGAAAAGCAAAAAUUAUCUUUCAGUACAUCGAUUGAGAACGUGUACCGCGUAUUUUAACAUUCGAGUAAAAACGAACACGUAUGCUUGAGUUGGAAGACUGUUUUAUUAAAUGAUGCCGAAUCGAAGUUCGUAAAAGUAAAAAGAUAAGACUAUUUUGCACUUUAAUUUUAUAGCUGCAUAUCUAAUACGUAUUGCUCUAUCAAAGUUUACUCACUGAUCGAAUAUAUUCUAAUAGAUAAUUAUGCUUAGGAGUCUACACGCGAAAUAACGAAGUAGAGUUUAAUUAUCUUAAUAGCCAAUUCUAGGUCUAGUCUCAAAUAGUUGUAAAAAGCAGGACUAAUUUCAACGUCUGUAAAGCGACGUUUCUUAAAUGUUCGAUACCAUUUUCGUAUUUUGCUUGUUUCUCGUUUUCUUCUUUCAACGAAUUCAGUUGUAACAUGUUAGUGGAGGCACUAACCUAACUCAGACAUUUUACCUCUGUUUCUUUUUUAUAACUUUUUUAAUUUAUAAUUAAUUUGUAAAGCUUGAAUUUACAGAAAACCAGCCUAAUACCAUACAAAUGCCUGUAAUAGCACUAUGGUUUAAUCGUUUGCAUUAUUGUAACGCAUUACGUAGGGAACAUUGUAUACUAUAGCCGUCGUAAUUUUCGAUCGAUUUACGAACGUCGAUGUUAAUGGUUAAUUUUUAUUCAAAGAACCAGCGAAUUCGCUAGAAAUGUAAUAACUUUUUGAACGCAACUUUAGGGAUUUUCGAUUCCCCGAUUCCCUGUAAACACGUCGAACGAUUAAUUCUUCCCUUGUAUAAUGAACUGGAGUUACUGUUGUGUCUUAAAACGAGAAAUAUCUACGGAAAUAUCAUACAGUCAUAAAGAAAAUCACACGCAUAUACAAAUAUAUGUACAUAGACUAACCAAGACAAUUUAGCUAAUGUCUAACUAAAAAGUAGUAUCGAGGGAAAGGAAAAUCGAUAAAUUUACGAUGGAACGAAAUAACAAAAGAGAUAACGGUGUAUAUCGAAAGGACACGUAUAAUAUCUUCGCAGAAUAUUUUCAUUGAGCUUCUAAUAGAUGUAUUUUGGGAUGAAGGAUGAAGAGAAAAGAUAUAAGACGCUUCGAAGCCAAAGAUGAUAUAUAACGAUACGAUUAAGUAUCACGUACAAAAUUUUAAAGGCAUUAUGUACUUGUAUCAUGUACAUAUAUCGUGUAAGCUUUACAGUGCAAGUGCCAUUGAAUAGACGCUGGCGAGCUGAACGCCUAGAAAGAGAAUGACGGUAUCGUCGAAUGGGAGAUUAUCGGUGAAACUUCGAAAACUAACAUUGAACGCCCAAAAUACAUGUAUCAAGCAACUACCAUGACAUGUAUACGAUAUCUAAUAUCGUGGUUUGGUACGUUGCUCGGACAAAAAGAUUAUCGUAGUUAGAGUAGGCUUAUAAAAAUAUUGUUCAUAAAUCGAGUCAUCGAUUAUUCUUCUUAUAACUCGUUAAUUCGUUACGCUCGAUGCUCAUUCGUUUAGUUUCGACUUCUCAUCUUCUUCCGUUCGUUUCUCCGAUCAUAUAACCCGAUUUUAUAUAGAACGUUUUUCAAUAAUCGCUAGUCAAUCUGAUUUCACGAGGUUCAUCUGUAUAGCAGUUAAUCGUUAUUGAUUUACCGUCUAAAAACAAGAGACAUAUGUACACUUUCUUGUAUAAGCUGCUGAACACCGAGAAUAGAUCACAACUCUUUACGCUUAGGGACUAGAAAGAAAUGCAAUUUAUCGAUCGAUUGUUGCCGCGUAACGAUAUUAAUUAUUUUGUUAUAAUUGUAAGAUCGGCUAUCGAUUUAUAUAAUAACAUAGCGAAGCUUGUUGUAUUAUUUUUAUAGAAAACUUUAGGGUAGCGUCAGCCGUGCGAUUGCGCGAGACGAAUUAAUAAAUACGCGUAACACGCAAUAGAUGUCACUUGCAUCUAUCGAGCAAGGAAAUUUCCGAUGUAAAGUUCGAUCGUUUUACAAAUACGUUUGAGAUCGCAGAAAGGGUGUAUGGGCUUCGCAGAAUCGCACGGCUGUUGAUUUACCACAAGCGAUGACUUCUUUUUUAUAGGAAAUCUUAGAAUAUAUUAUAUUAUAUAUAUAUACACACACACUAAUAAGUAUACAUGAUUUAACGAAAUUGAACAAAUUGUUAAAUGUGCAACUAUAGGAACACGGGGAGGCGCGGUUCGAAGAGAAGCAAGCGAAAGUAGAGAACAAAGAACGUUACUCGAGCAUGUUAGGAAGAUUACUAGGAAAAACACAGGGAGAAAGUAAAGUUUCUCGAAUCUCGAAUUUUCGCCAAGGAUAACCGCUUAAAAUGCUGCUCCUUAUUUUUGUACAGAUCUUACCAUACGUAAUAUUAACUUUUGUGCCAGAAAGUAAAAAUAUGCAGUAUAUUAUAAAUAAGAAAUAUUCACACUCGUGCUACACUCGUUUUUCGUGAUCGUUAAUGUAUUCGUUUCUUUACAUACAUAGAGCAGAGAGAAACUAAAUCGAGCAAUGUCGAGAGAUAGAAUUUUCUUUACCCUGAAUAUUGUUGCUCGUCGAUCGUUUAAAACGGGAAAAAAAGGAAAUGAAAAAACGAAAGAAAAUGGCGUGGUGGCCAUCGAACAACAAGAAAGAAAAGCACGUCGAGCGUCAAUUGAAUUAUCGCGUUAGAAACUGUAGCAAAAACAUACCGAACGCUAUGGCCUGUGUUUCUUUCCGGAAGGAGUAAUUUGUGAUGAUAAAGAAAAAUAAAAGUAACGUAAAAUAAAGAUACAUAUGUAUUUAAAUGCGAGAAGAAAAAGGAAGCAAAUAACGCGAAGUCACGUUCACGGCGCGCGAUUAUGAACGAUCAAAUUCGUCGAACGAUAUUUUUAUUACUCAUGACUGCUCCCGUAAAGAAUAAGGAAUGUUACAAACAGAGAGAAGUGUAUUUUUGUGAGGUAUAUCUGUAAGAAAGAAAACAAAAUCUAAUUAACACGUUCACACUCGAUGAUGCAACAUCUGCGUCAUAGGAAUCUUGUACUGUAUACCUAAUGACGCAUUCGUUGUGUCAUGCGUUCUUACCGAUAAAUAUUGUGUAGCCGUGUAGCUGUGUUGAAUGUGAAGAAACUAAAGAACAACGCGAUCGUAGAUUUUAUUGGCUCUGUCGAUAUUAUACAUCUGUUUUAAUAUACAAUGCUGAACAAAAGUAUUGGCACAGACUAAAUUUUCUUAUAACAUUCUCUGUA